UCGUAUUGCAUUUAUUCGUAUUUUAUAUUAUUUUAUUUCUCUGUCCUAAGAAACGAUGAUCGUUGUUGAAUAACUUUUCGGAGAAAUAAUAGUCAUUCUACAACGGAACAUUGAUGUUAAGAGUAGAUUAAUAGCUAAUACAACACUUAACAGAGUGAAAGGACUUGUUAAGCUGAAAUAAUAGCAUGAAAAAAAAUCCGUUCCUAACACAAGUUUUUAAAAUUCCAUUUUGAUUUCAAUUUAUUUCAUGAAGUCUCAAAAAUUUCGUCAUACAACUGCGAACGGAUCGCUUUUAUGAAAAGGCUAGCGAUUUGUUAAUCGUUUAAAUUGAUACCAGUAUUUCACAAGUAAACAUUAACCAUUUUUUCGAUUCCAGAAGUAAAAAAGACAAAGUUGACGAGGUUUGGGUUUCAACUCAGAACAUAACGGACGUAUGUGAUACAUAAAGAUUUUGGAAAAUGGAAUAUGAAGACGAGAUUAUGACUUCAGUAUCAGAAUCAAAUAUUUCUCAGUUGCCAAUUCAAGAUAUUCUUUGGAUUCUACAUGCUGAGAAAACUAUUCUUGAAGAUUCAGAAGAAGAAACUGCUCUAAUUCUUUCCAUCCAAGAUGAAAGAGGUUUACAGUUGACAAGUGCUGUUUUUGAGUCAAUGCUUUCUCUAGAAUUUUCUUCUAUCUUUUACCUUCUAAGUGAAGCCAUGCUGCACCCUCUCAAAGGAAAAUCCCGCAAACCUCGUUGUUUGACUUGCAACUCAGCUGACCUCUUCCAACGUUUGAAAUCAGGACACAGCAAACUGGAUGAGAUUUGUCUUCCGAUAUUCUAUGGCAGUGACGUCGUUGUUCCAGCUCGUUCUCAGACUCCCUUGUUCUAUCAGUGCAGUACUUGUCAUAUCAGAGCAACACCAGAUUACUUCCAGACUUGCAAUCAAUGCAAGUCUGUGAGAUAUUGUAGUGAGAAGUGCCAGUUGAUAGACUUGAAUGGUCUAGUGCCAGGAGAUCCCAAAAGUUCUCAUCAAGAAUGGUGCCUCAAAAUGCAGACUUACCAAGAAGUCACAGACACUUUGGCUGAUCUUCCAUUUAAUUAUAAUAAAGAGACUACAUCUCAAGAUUUCACACCCAAAAAAUAUCAAGAAUUUCUGGUUCUUCAUGGAGUUUACAAUAUUGGUGUUUGGCGCUAUGAAUGUCCUUCAAAGCAGUUCUCAGUUUGGGAAUAUGGUGAACUUACAGAAGUUGAUUUUCCAUUUGUUUUGGUCGAAGAACGAGAACUUGGAUGUCCAUCAGGAUUGAAACAGCUACAACACGCACAGCAAACAGAGAUAGGGGACAUUGCCAACUGGUUUUCCUACUACAAAUGGCGUUCAUUUAGCCUCGACAGCCCCAUUGCUAUCCUCCUCACCUACCCUUUGACCCUUUUUUACAUCAUAACUUCAUGUCUUCAACUACAUUAUCCAAAUUUUGGCAUAGAACUUCCCAAACAAUUGGUGGUUCAUGUGAUUGGCGCUGAGAAAGAAGCUGAUAUGUUUCAUUAUUUUAAGGAACUUACAUACCUGCUGCCUUCCUAUUUACUGGAAAUCCACCUGUAUGGUAAAAAAAUCUCACGUAAAGCAAAUGGUUGGAAGAAGCUGGCAGACAACAUGUCGUUUCAGCUGCAUCGAGGACAUUGGCAUAAUUUCUCAGGAGAAACUCCUCAUUUUGUAAUCGGUUUUAAUGCUGGUCUUGGUGCCUAUAAAUCCUGGACUGAUACUCUUAAACGGCUGCAUAAAGAGAACAUUGCUGCCUAUUUCACUGAAUUUUGUCAACACAGUCAUGACUGGUCAGCCAUGUCUCUGAAGAAACUGAAAUCCGGAAUUCGGUUAACGGCACCCAUAAUCAACCCAUUUAGAAGCCCUGUUCGAAUGUUUUCUGACGAAAACUGCUUGCCUUCAUAUAGCAAUGCUUUCCUCAGCCACCUGGAAUAUGAAAAUAUUGACGAUUUUGAAUAAUUGUUGACAUUAUUUCAAUGAAGAUUUUGUGUUUUACGGUCGUCAUUAACCAUUUCUGUUAAAAUAAUUUGGAAAUUAGGGUUACUCUUACCACAGACUUCUGCUAAUUUUCCUUCUCAUGGUCCAUCAAACAUAUCCUUUUACAACAAAGUACAAUGUGUUGUACUCUUGGACUAAGUACUCAUUUCUAUGAACCCAUCUCCCUGACACCAUCAAUUAACCAAAUGUUAAUAAUUUUGAAAACAAUUCAAGAAAUUGAAGUCAGAGAAGCAAUGCUUGUCACCACUUCAUGGCUGUUCCAUACGAACUGAUGUUACUACUAUUUUUAACCCCAAGGGGAUGCUUCCUCUAGCUGGUUAUCGAUGCAAUUUGCACCCAACAUAUAUAAGCAGGGGAACGAAGCCAGAGAUAUUGUGUGUUGCACAAGUUUUAAACUAUUCUAGCAACCUGUAAUAGAAAUUAGAUUAAAUGUCUUCUACUAUAGCCCCAAGCCAACCAAAGCCAUGUGAGUGGAUUUGCUUGAGAGAAACUGAAAGGCCAAAAUCCCAUAUAUAUAUAAAAUGUUGGUGUUCGUGCACACCUUUAUCUAGACACCAAGUGAUGGUUGCAAAUGAUUGUUCAUUUCAAUUGUGGAGUGAAGACCAUGCUGGGCCAUUGUGGGGGGGCAGUAAUAUUACGUUGCUUUGAAACAGGUGAGAGUUGGUGACAGGAAGAACAUCCGGCUGCAGGAAUUGUACCUCAACAAAUUCUGUCUGUAUGGUAAGAAGUUUGCUUCCCAACCACGCAGUUUCAGGUUCACUCCCACUGCAUGGCAUUUUGGGGAAGUGUCUUCUAUAGCACCAUACUAACCAGAGUUCGUGAGUAGAACAGGUAGACAGAAAUUGAAAGAAAUCCAUCAUAUGUGUGUGUGUGCAAACGUCCUUGACAUGGUUUUUAAUGAGUGUUGCUGUUAUAAAAGUUGUGUCAUUUGCAGUCUGCCACAAAAACAUGGCCAGCCAAAGGAUUGGUAAUGGAAAUGGCAUUCAGGCAUAACCUUGCUUACAGGUCUUCUACGACAGCCUCAAUUGAAGUGAAGACUUACGAGUGAGAUUUGGUAAACAGAAACUGUGUGGAACCCCAUUGCUGGGACCAUUCCUGGUUAUCUCAAUUGCAGGAGAUAACACCACCACCACCACUGGGUCCUGGCUUUUUGUAAAUCCUACUUGGUUGAAUCAUUCAGGCCAGAUCUCCAGUUUAACAAACUUCCUCUCUCCAGUUUCUAAGCUCCUAAACUGGAGGGCCUCGUAGGUGAUGUCCUUUUUAAGGAAACAUUAAUUAAAAAGUAUGGAGAUGUAUUCUGCAUCUCAAAUGUUUGGACUUGUGCUGAAAUUAAAGAAAUAUCAAAGUUCGCCAUUCAGAAUGUGAUGCAGUAGAACUUCUUUGUCUGAAGAGGUCAGAGUUUCAAGUGCUGUAAAUUUUGAUUAUAUUACAAAUGAAUGUUUCAAUGAAGUUGAUGGUGUUAGAGCAUUUCUGAAUGGCUAACUUGUGUCAUCUAUGUUGCAAUCACAUUAAUUAAAAUAAUAUAUAUUAAUAAUUACA